GUUAAGUUAAAGUGAUUGCGGCCUUGAGUGGUUCUUUAUUUUUUUAUUACCUUUUUGUUUGUGUUACAAUAAUUUUUCUCAACAUGGGCUUUGAUAAAGGAAGGAUCGUCCUUGACAGUGAUAAUGGAUCAUAUUUUGCAGGACAGACGGUAAAUGCAAAAUUAGUUUUUAACCAAGAGAAGGUGAAAACUUUUCGAGGUAUAUAUACAAAAAUUAAAGGUUUCUGCAAAGUCCACUGGACAACCUCACACUCCAGGCGAGUCCCUGACGGCCGAGGCGGGCAUCGCACGGAACACUAUACUGAGACGCAUGAGUCUCAUGAGGUCUAUGUUGAAAGGAAAAUUUACCUUGUUGGAGGGGAAAGUGGCGAACACAGAAUACAACCAGGCAAACAUGAAUACCCAUUCAACUUCCCACUGCCCGCGAACUGUCCGUCAUCCUUCGAGGGUGAACACGGGCACAUCCGAUAUGAAAUAAAGGUGGUGGUGGACCGGGCCUUUAAGACUGAUCAAGAGAAAAAGAUCCGGCUAACAGUCAUAGCGCCUUUGGAUCUUAAUGCGGAUCCCUAUAGCAGUGAACCAAUCGUGAUCGAGAUGAGCAACACCUACUGCUGCUGUUGCAUGAGUCGUGGCGCUUGCAAGACCUUAGUGAAGCUACCCAAAGGUGGCUAUUGUCCGGGACAGACCAUACCUAUUGAAGUCAGCUGCGAAAACCGGGGCAAUGUGGACAUUGAGACCAUCUCCUUUGCUAUAGAACAGAACACUGUUUUCCACGCAACACAUCGCCCAGGCACAAAGAGCAGAGAAGACACCGUCGCCAAACUAAAGAAGGGCCCCAUACCCGGCAACACGUCUCGCACCUGGACCGUUGAGAUGGGAAUGCCCACCAUGGACCUGUACAAUGUAGCUGCUUGUCGGUACAUCGAUAUUGAUUACACUUUCGUGGUCAAAGUAUCACCAGACGGCUGCCACGAUGACAGCAAAGAAAGACGCCGCAUCGUCAUCGGCAACAUCCCGCUACGAGGCUACCAGGACAAUAUCCCCAACCCAAUGCAAGACCAAAUGCCGAGACAGAUAGAGAACUAUCAAAACGCCGCGCCGCACUUCGGUCCCGUUGUCAACCAACCCAUGCCUUAUCCUGCUCCUAGUCCUUACCCUAGCAGUAACCCUUACCCCGGUGCAUACCCUGGUGCUAGCCCGUACCCUGGGCCGAACCCUCCAUACCCGACCGCUAGUCCGUACCCCGGCCCGCACCCGGUGUCUCCGUAUUCUCCAUACCCUGGAAGUGCACAGCCGGUCUCGCCGUAUCCGCCUCCGUACUCCGCUGUGCCUUCGUUGCCGCCUGGGGCUAAUGUGCCGUAUCCCACAGGGCCCACGAGCCCGUUUGUCAACGCUAGUGCCCCCGGCCUGAUUCCAGCAACACUGGAUUCUGCUGAGAAAAAAAACCCGAUAGAUAACAGCUCCAACAAUCUUCCUUUCAACCCUAACUUUAAAUCAUGAAAUAAGUUUAAGGCUCAUAAUUAUCUACAUUAAGGUUUUCCAGAAUCACAAAUACUGUAUUUUAAAGGUCUUGUCCUUAUAACGUUUAUACUAUCAAGCAAAUUUUGUCAGUAGAAAAAGGCGCGAAAUUCAAAUUUUCUAUGGGACGACAUCCCUUCGCGCCCACAUUUUUUAAAUUUGCCGCCUUUUUCUACUGACAAUAUUUGCAUGACCAGCUAUACCUAUGUCUUCAUCAAGCUACAUCUAUCACAAUGAAAAAAAAUAUCGACUCGUUAAGACUCGACGUCCUCAUCUCACAUAUUUUUCAGGAGCCGAUGUUUUGUUUUAUAUUAUAAUACUUUUAUUGCGAAAAGGAAACAUGUAUUCAGUCAAAUAAUUAUUUAGCGAUUUUAUUAAGUAAUGUAAGGCUUAAAGUAUAAGAACAAAUAAGACAUACGAGGGGCGUUCAAUAAAUUCUCGAUAUUGAUAUCUUACAACCUUUUUGAGUAUUUCUUUUGUUACUGGCCACUAAGAGUCAUUCAUAGACUUUAAAAAAAAAAGUAAAAUUCAAACCGAUAUGUUCUUGUUUUUCUGCAAUUGCCGAACAAACGUGAGCACCAUGAGCGAUUUAACAAUGUUAAUUAAAUUAGAGCAUCGAGCCGUAAUAAAAUUCUUGACCAAUCAGGGUAAAAAUCAAAAAACUAUAAAAGAAGAAAUGGAUUGUGUUUACCGUGAGUCUGCUCCUUCUUUAUCUACCAUUCAAAAGUGGUCAAGUGAAUUUAAACGUGGGAGAGAGAGUAUUGAAGAUGAUCCUAGACCAGGCCGGCCUGUAGUAGCUACUUCACGAGAAAAUAUUAUCAAAGUGGAAAAACUUAUAUUGGAAGACGGCCGAGUGAAGGUAAAAUCAAUAGCUCAAAUAACCGGUCUUUCUGUUGGUACCAUACAUGAUAUUAUCCAUUACCAUCUUAAUAUGUCAAAAGUAAGUGCGAGAUGGGUUCCGCGAAUGCUGACACCGGUUCAGAAAGAUAUGCGAGUAGCUUGUUGUUCCGAUUUUAUUGACCUGUGCGGUGAAAAUCCUGAUGAGGUGCUGCAAAAGAUAGUUACUGGAGAUGAAACCUGGGUUCAUUAUUAUGACCCAGAAAGUAAACAGGAGUCCAUGCAGUGGCACGUUAAGGGUACAGCUCAUCCCAAGAAGUUCAAGGUCAUCCCUUCAGCUGGCAAGGUCAUGGCCACAAUAUUUUGGGAUUGUGAAGGAAUAUUACUGAUCGAUUACAAACAAAAGAGUGUAAAUAUCACAGGACAGUACUACGCUAAUAUUCUACGUCAAUUAAGGGGUGCAAUCAAAGACAAGAGGCGAGGAAAAUUAACCAAAGGUGUUCUGCUUCUGCAUGACAACGCCCCUGUGCAUACUGCUCAUAUUGCCAAGGCGGCUAUUCUUGAAUCUGGGUUUGAAACUAUUACUCACCCACCGUAUAGUCCGGACUUAGCCCCCAGUGACUUCUUUUUGUUCCCCAAUCUUAAAAAGGAUCUGCGUGGAAAUCGAUUUUCUGACGAUGAAGCGUUGAAGGCGGCAGUGGAGGAGCAUUUUGACACCAAAGAUAAAAAUUAUUUUUAUGAGGGAUUAAAAAAAUAAUAGAUCGAUCUUUUAAGUGUAUCAACAUAGGGGGGGAGUAUAUUGAAAAAUAAAAAUAUUAAACUU